GGGCUCUGGUAUAGAAUAAGGAGCUCGAAGGGCCGGGACCCAGCCGUUCCCGCUCGCCGUUGCAGCUGCUCCCAACUCUGUCCCCAGAGGCAGUUCCCCCGCGGUCAGACUCCGAGAUCUGCCAGCCGUCACUGCCACAGCCUCCGUCAUGGGUCUGGAGCUCUACCUAGACCUGAUGUCCCAGCCCUGCCGUGCUGUCUACAUCUUCGCCAAGAAGAACGACAUCCCCUUCCAGCUGCGUACCAUAGAUUUGCUCAAAGGUCAGCACUACACUGAUGACUUUGCCCAGGUGAACCCCUUGAGGAAGGUGCCAGCUUUGAAGGAUGGGGACUUCAUCUUGGCAGAGAGUGUGGCCAUCUUGCUGUAUUUGAGUAGAAAGUACAAGGUCCCUGACCACUGGUACCCUCAGGACCUUCAGGCUCGAGCUCGUGUGGAUGAGUACCUGUCUUGGCAGCACACAGCCCUUCGGAGCUGCUGCACCAGGGCCAUGUGGCAGAAGAUGAUGUUUCCUAAGUACCUGGAACAGCCGGUACCCCCUGAGAUACUGGCAUCCACUCUGGCUGAACUGGACAGGUGCCUGCAGAUGCUGGAGGACAAGUUCCUGCGGAACCAGGCCUUCCUCACGGGAUCCCAUAUCUCUGUGGCUGACUUGGUGGCCAUCACAGAGCUGAUGCACCCUGUCAGUGCUGGCUGCAAGAUCUUCGAGAGCCGACCCAAACUGGCUGCAUGGCGUCAGCGUGUGGAAGCUGCGGUGGGGGAGAACCUCUUCCAGGAGGCCCAUGCAGUUGUCCUGAAGGUCAAGGACAUGCCUCCCUUGAUGGACCCCACCUUGAAGGAGAAACUGAAGCUCUCCGUGCAGAGCUUGUUGCACUGAGGAAGCAGCCCGUACCUGCGGCGCCAUCCAGGGAAACGCUGGGUUGUGCAAAUGAAGAGAUGGCCAGAAUGUAACUUUGGCUGUCACUAGGACAUGACGUCUCUGAUCUACAAUUCCCUUUAGGCACCAGCAGUGUUCCUUCUGCGUCCCCACCCUGCUUGAGCUGUAAAAUCAGAUUUUACCUGACCUCUAGAGAGAGCUACAGGAAAACACUUGGGAAAAUACCAGGUCAUGUUCCUCUUUUGAAACUCAAACCAUUGAACUCGUAACCUAGCCCCACCCUCCAAGGUGGAAGCAUUCCUUUCUGGCUCCUGUCAUGCUAUCACAUUGCAUCCCCCACUUCCCCCCCCAUCCCCCCUGCACUUGUGUUCUUUGCCCUUUCUCUAUAUUUUUUGACAUUUGUCACCACGUGGCCCCUCUGGGCUCUUCAUUCCUAGCGCAGGAUCUAUGAUUCCUGGGUUGAGCACAUGUCACAGGUAGGGCGUGACUAGUGAAAGGUCUUUGUCCUCUGGGUCUCUCCCCUCUGGGUGAUGAUGCCUGUCAUAGACAGGGUGCAGGGCUGGUUCAUGAUGCCCUUUGCAGGGGUGAAGUCCCUGGCAAUGUCCUGACUUUCCAAAUUCUGCCAAGCAGUGUCGCUUGUUCCAAGUCUUCUGACCCUGACUGCUAUCUUCUGCAUGUCUCCUGCUCCAAGUUUUCAAGCUUCUUAUUCUUGUGUCAUAGGGCCUAUGGUAUGUGCAUUACCCAAUAAACUGCUCACAAAACAACAA